UAUCAAAAUCUUCAAUAUAUAUCUCUUUACCUCUGAUCUUUAAACAAAACUUGCAUACCUCCCACGUCAAGCAUGAAAACUAAAACACAGAGUUCACUUAGCCUAAAGCUUCUUGUCAUAUCCGUUUUCAUCGCUUUCUUACUUUUAUUUGUGUUGAGAUCAAGAUUAACAUCUUCAGGUGAAAAUACAUCAUUUUUAUUAUCUGCUUCUUCAAUUUCCAAUGCUUUUUUACCAAGAUCCUCAGCUUCUUCUGGUGACAAAGAAACAAUAAGUUGCUCAUCACCAAAAUGUAACAACAAAAUCCCAUCUUCAGUAGCCAAAUCUCUCAUUCACUACGCAACCUCAAACACCACCCCUCAGCAAAAACUCGACGAGAUAUCAAUAACAUCCAACAUUUUAGACAAGAAAUCACCUUGCACUUUCCUUGUCUUUGGUCUUGGCCAUGACAGUCUAAUGUGGCACACACUCAACUUUGGAGGACGAACUAUCUUCCUCGACGAAGAUAUAAUUUGGAUUGAAAAAAUCAAGAAUAAAUUUCCCAUGUUAGAGUCUUAUCAUGUUACAUAUGAUAGUAAAGUGAAAGAAGCAAAUGUUUUAAUGGAAGCAGGAAAAAAACCAGACUGCACAGCUAUAGUUGAUCCUAGAUAUACAAAGUGCCAACUUGCAUUAAAAGGUUUGCCAAAUGAAAUUUAUGAUAUAAAAUGGGAUUUAAUAAUGGUGGAUGCUCCAACAGGUUUUCAUAAGAAUGCACCAGGGAGAAUGACAGCAAUUUAUACAGCAGGAAUGAUGGCAAGGAAUAGAGAAAAUGGAGAAACUCAUGUGUUUGUGCAUGAUGUGCAUAGGAAUAUAGAGGACAAGUUUUCUAGACAAUUUUUAUGUGAUGGAUAUAUGAAGGAACAAGUUGGGAAGUUAAGGCAUUUCACUAUUCCUAGUCAUAAGACCAACUUGGAUAUGCCCUUUUGUCCCUAGAUUUUCUUGAAAAUGUUUUUUUUUUUUCCUUUUUCA